CAAAUUCACCAUCUUUUCUUCUUGACUAAUUCUUCUUCUUCUUCUUCUUCUGUAAAUUCAAAAGCAAGCCCUAGUUAAAUUAGAUUAAAGAUCCCAAUUACACCCUGAAGUAGAAGAUACUAAUUUAAUGGCGGAUCUGACUUGUACGACGCCGUUUCUGCUCUAUCCAUCACUCGUGAUCAUCCUCUUCUUCUACUCCCUUAACCAUCAUAACCGGUUUCUCUCCUCCGUCGUCGACGAUGAUCCUUCGUGUAGUCUCUCUCUCUCCUCUUCGUCUUCUCCACAAGCUGUUUUCUCUUCCUUCAGAUUCUUCCCUUUUCGUUCUUCUUCCUCUUGUCUCAACACUCUCAACAAUUCGUCGUCAGAAGUUACGGUGGUAGAAGAAGUUGAUGAAGCGGCGGAGAGAAUCGAAGAAGGUUUGGCAAUGGCGAGAGCCGCCAUAAAGAAAGCCGGAGAAGAGGAUAUCCGUCGCCGUCGUGAUCGGGGGAAUAAUUCGGAUUUGGGAUUCGUAUCAAAUGGAUCUGUCUAUCUCAACGCUUUUACUUUUCAUCAGAGCCACAGAGAGAUGGAGAAGAGAUUUAAGAUAUGGACAUAUAGAGAAGGAGAACCUCCUCUGUUUCACAAGGGCCCUCUCAACAAUAUUUACGCUAUUGAGGGCCAAUUCAUGGACGAGAUCGAGAACGGAAAAAGCCGUUUCGCGGCAGCUUCACCGGAGGAAGCCACCAUGUUCUACAUCCCUGUAGGGAUCGUCAAUAUCAUACGAUUUGUCUAUAGACCAUACACUAGCUAUGCUCGUGACCGUCUCCAAAACAUUGUCAAAGACUACAUCUCUCUCGUCUCUAACCGUUACCCUUACUGGAAUCGCAGUCGCGGUGCUGACCAUUUCUUCCUCUCCUGUCACGAUUGGGCACCUGAUGUUUCAGCGGUAGAUCCAGAGCUAUACAAGAAUUUCGUCAGAGCUCUCUGCAAUGCCAAUUCAUCCGAGGGAUUUACCCCUAUGAGAGACGUUUCAUUGCCCGAAAUCAACAUUCAAUACGGCCAAUUAGGGUUUGUACACACCGGAGAACAGCCUCAGAACCGGAAACUCUUGUCAUUUUUCGCGGGCGGUUCUCACGGAGAAGUCCGGAAAAUACUUUUCGAACACUGGAAAGAGAAAGACAAGGACGUCCUAGUUUACGAGAAUCUCCCCAAAACCAUGAACUACACCAAGAUGAUGGAUCAAGCAAAGUUUUGUCUGUGUCCGAGCGGUUGGGAAGUAGCGAGUCCAAGAAUCGUGGAGUCUCUUUACUCCGGCUGCGUUCCGGUCAUCAUCGCUGAUUAUUACGUUCUUCCGUUUAGCGACGUGUUGAAUUGGAAGCGAUUCUCAGUUCAUAUUCCGAUAUCGAAGAUACCGGAGAUAAAGAAGAUUCUGGAAGCGAUAUCGGAAGAAGAUUACUUGAAGAUGCAGAGGGGAGUUCUCGAGGUUCGAAAACACUUUGUCGUAAACAGACCAUCAAAGCCAUAUGAUAUGUUGCAUAUGAUUAUGCAUUCCAUUUGGUUACGGAGGCUUAAUGUACGAAUUCCUCUUUCACAGUGAACUAUAUAUUGUUAUACUCUUUUUAUAAAUAUAAAACUGAUACAUAUGAUUGUGCGUAUAAGAUCUUGAGAAAAUAUAACAAUGUUAUUCGAUUAGAACAGGCCUUCGAGCUUCGUUUGGGAAUGAAACGUACAAUUUGCGAGCAGGCCUAGUUGUUACGGUAGGCAACCCCAAAACAAGGCCCAUAAGGAUCAAUAUUUAAAGUGAGAAAAUAUAUUUUUCUUUUUGAUUAUCUUAACGACUUUGACGUAGCUUCUGCCUAGUUGAAUGCCUUCAAGAGUUCAAGUUUCGC